GUGAUGAACGCGAGCUCAUCUUCGCUCAACGACUCCCAGGUGGUGGCAGUGGCGGCCGAGGGUGCGGCGGCAGCGGCCACCGCAGCAGGAGCGCGGGACACCGGUGAAUGGGGGCCCCCGGCAGCCGCAGCCGCAGCGGCGCUGGGGGGCAGCGGCACAGCUAAUGCGUCGCUGGAGUUGUCUUCGCAGCUGCCAGCGGGGCCGACGGGGCUGCUGCUGUCUUCAGUGAAUCCAUGGGACGUACUGCUCUGCGUGUCUGGGACGGUGAUCGCAGGCGAAAAUGCGCUGGUGGUGGCGCUCAUCGCGUCCACACCUGCGCUGCGCACGCCCAUGUUCGUGCUGGUAGGCAGCCUGGCCACCGCCGACCUGCUGGCGGGCUGCGGUCUUAUUCUGCACUUCGUAUUCCAGUACGUGGUGCCCUCGGAGACUGUGAGCCUGCUUACUGUGGGCUUCCUCGUGGCCUCCUUCGCUGCCUCUGUCAGCAGCCUGUUGGCCAUUACGGUGGACCGCUACCUGUCCCUCUACAACGCGCUCACCUAUUACUCGCGACGGACCCUGUUGGGUGUGCACCUCCUUCUCGCUGCCACCUGGACGGUGUCCUUAGGCCUUGGGCUGCUGCCGGUGCUUGGCUGGAACUGCCUGGCAGAGCGUGCCGCCUGCAGCGUGGUGCGCCCGCUGACGCGCAGCCACGUGGCACUGCUCUCCGCCACCUUCUUUGCGGUCUUCGGCAUCAUGCUGCACCUUUACGUGCGCAUCUGCCAGGUGGUCUGGCGUCACGCGCACCAGAUCGCGCUGCAGCAGCACUGCCUGGCGCCGCCCCACCUUGCCGCCACCAGAAAGGGUGUGGGUAUGCUGGCCGUGGUGCUGGGCACUUUCGGUGCCAGCUGGCUGCCCUUUGCCAUCUACUGCGUGGUAGGCAGCCAUGAGGACCCAGCUGCCUACACCUACGCCACCCUGCUGCCAGCCACCUACAACUCUAUGAUCAAUCCUAUCAUCUAUGCCUUCCGCAACCAGGAGAUCCAACGCGCCCUGUGGCUCCUGUUUUGUGGCUGUUUCCAGUCCAAAGUGCCCUUCCGCUCCAGGUCCCCCAGUGAGGUCUGA